AUGGAGGCGCACGUCGCUUUCUCGGGCUUCCCGGCCCUGCCCUCGGUCUCGCCGUCGGGGCCGCAGCCGUCGCCGCUGCUAGCCGUCGCCGAGCCGGGGCACGAGCCCGAGGAGGUGGCGAGCGGCGGGGACGUGGAGCCCACGGCCGCAUCGGGCCCGGGGAGGAGGCGCCGGCGGCCGCUGCAGCGCGGGAAGCCUCCCUACUCGUACAUCGCGCUCAUCGCCAUGGCCCUGGCGCACGCCCCGGGCCGCCGCCUCACGCUGGCCGCCAUCUACCGCUUCAUCACCGAGCGCUUCCCCUUCUACCGCGACAACCCCAAGAAGUGGCAGAACAGCAUCCGCCACAACCUCACGCUCAACGACUGCUUCCUCAAGAUCCCGCGCGAGGCGGGCCGCCCGGGCAAGGGCAACUACUGGACGCUCGACCCCGCCGCCGCCGACAUGUUCGACAACGGCAGCUUCCUGCGGCGCCGCAAGCGCUUCAAGCGCGCCGAGCUGCCCGCGCCGCCGCCGCCGCCCUUCCCCUACGCGCCCUUCCCGCCCGCGCCCGCGCCCGCGCCGCCCGCGCGCCUCUUCCGCCUGGACAGCCUGCUGGGCUUGCAGCCCGAGCCGCCGGGGCCGGUGGCGUCCGAGCCGCCCUGCUGCACGGCGCCCGACGCCACCUUCCCGCCCUGCGCCGCAGCCGCCUCGCCGCCGCUCUACCCGCCCGCGCCGCUGCCCGCCGAGCCUCUCCUGGCCUUGGCGGGACCGGCCGGCGCGCUCGGGCCGCUCAGCCCCGGGGACGCCUAUCUGAGACAGCCGGGCUUCGCCCCGGGGCUGGAACGCUACCUGUGA